GCCAGUCGGGCCCGUGAAGAACUCAGACGACCUCUGAUUUCCUGCGCAUUCCAUUCGUGACCGCGGUACUCGCGUCAGACACGGCCAUUAUGUCGCAGACGUACGCGCACUACUCCACGCCCUCCUCGCUUCCCUCCGACUACGCCCUCCUCUCCCGCUACGCCGCCGCCCACAACAUGAGCCCAGAGAAUGCGACCAACGCACGCGACGAGAACCCCGUGGACGAAGAUAGCGCAAUCGAAGAGAGCGAAGCCUCACCUGAACGACAUCGAAACCCUGCGAUGCCCGCGGAACAAGCUGGAAGACGGAUGAGCUUCCCGACCUCCUAUAUCUCCUCCUUCAAGCCUACUGUGGGCCCGCUACCUGACAAGUCGGGCUACCGGUCGGGGCCAGCGAACUCCAGUGAUGCCUCUGAGAACACACCUCUGCUCGCACCCCUCGUACCUCGUAUCGAGGAAGAUGUUGACAGAGCAGACCCCGCAGACGCGGAAAGCUACUCGACGAUGUUGAAGGAAGAAGUCAGAAUCUUGGCAAAAUACACGUUGCCCGUCUUUGGGACACACGUUCUCGAGUAUUCUCUCGUCAUUGCGUCCGUCGUGUCCAUAGGACACUUAUCCACUACCGCACUCGCCGCGUCGACGCUGGGAUCCAUGACUGCCAGCGUGACGGGGUUCAGCAUCAUCCAGGGCUUUACUAGCACCUUGGACACGAUGCUCCCCGGCGCGUGGACCUCGUCCCAGCCACAGCUCGUAGGCCUCUGGGCACAGCGCAUGGCUGUCGUCAUGGCCGCUGUCCUAGUGCCUAUCAUCCUGAUCUGGUUUAGCUCCGAGAGCAUCCUGCUCUUCCUCAAACAAGAGCCCGAGGUAGCUCGCCUAGCCGCGACGUAUCUCAAGUGCUCUGUCGUUGGGCUCCCCGCGUACGCCUUCAAUUCUAUCUCUCGGCGGUAUUUCCAGUCCCAAGGCCUGUUCACAGUGCCUACUCGGAUUAUCAUGGUCAUCGCGCCAAUCAACGCAGUGCUCAACUACGUGCUUGUAUGGGGUCCAGAGCCGGUGCGACUGGGGUUCAUCGGUGCACCGAUCGCGACGGCUGUCUCGUUCAACCUCAUUUCGCUAGCGUCAAUCGUGUACGGCAUCUUCUUUGUUCCUCGCACGGCAUGGCACCCCCUGAGCCGCCGGUGCUUCACGAGUCUCGGUGUGCUCGUCCAUCUUGGGCUCGCGGGCGUUGGUCAGACCGCGUCGGAAUGGUGGUCCUGGGAGCUCGUCGGGCUUGCGGCUAGUAUGCUCGGCCCCGUCGCACUCGCGACGCAGUCGGUGCUCCUCGUUUCGUGCUCGACGACUUACCAGGCGCCGUUCGCUCUGAGCGUAGCCACCUCCGUGCGGGUGGGCAACUUGCUUGGAGAACAAAAGGCGAAACGUGCGGGCGUAGCGGCUAAUGCCUCUAUCCUGAUGUCGCUCGCCAUCAGUUUGGUCUGGAGCACGAUGUUCAUGGUCUUCCGCAAGUCAUGGGCGCACCUCUUCAACGACGACCCUGAGGUCGUUUCCCUCGUCGCCGUCAUCUUACCCAUCGUCGCGCUCUUUCAGGUGUUUGAUGGCCUCGGCGGCGUGACUGGUGGUAUCCUCCGUGCGAUUGGAAAGCAGUUCACCGGGGCACUGCUGAACCUAAGCGCAUACUACGUGAUUGGCAUUCCCUUCGGCCUCUGGCUGACCUUCUGGCGGGACAUGGGCCUGCAUGGGCUCUGGGUCGGGCUGACCGUGUCCCUUUUCUACUGCGGCACAAUCGGUGUAUGGAUUUGCGUGCACACCAACUGGCAGCGUGAGGUGGAGAAGGUACGCGCGCGGCUUGAUGCGGAUCGCAAGGAGGGCGAGGGCUAUGAGAGAGACGCAGAGGUGGCGUAGGUCAGUACUAGGUAUGAGGUGCGCGUGGGGCGUGCGAUCUAAGGGGGAGGAUCUUGUGACGACACGAUUUGGAAAUUAAUGCUUUCUUGUUCUCACCGGUACGUCCGGCGCAGUGGA